CAUAGUUAAGUUGGUGUGGUCAUCAUGGCUUGCAUUAGGUUUAGGUUCCGCUCUCUUGUGCUCGCGAUCAUAAUAAUUGCUACUUCUAACACUGUGCUCGGAAAGAAUGAAGAAGCCAAAGGAGCUGGUGAUAAGGAAGAUGGGAUCGCGAACUCUGUGAGCUCAGCAUUGGGAAGGAAGAUGCAUGGACUGCGAGAGUUGUACUCGGAGAAAAUAGUGGAUACGACAACUAAGAUAGACGAGAAGGCAGCCAGAAAAAUUGGGGUAUUCAAGUCAGAUGAUACAGUGCUACCAAAGGCAAACAAUGGCAAACAACACUUAGAUGCGGUUGCGGAGAUGUUCAACAUGCUGAACAAGGACUACCAAGCGAGGGCCCAUCGCCGGCCUCCGAUCAACAAUGGCUCGCCCUUGGAGGAUGAUGCUGAUCACCUUAAGCACUAGAGAGAAUAGGCAGCAUUGCUAAUUAGGCCUUAGUGUUUAGGUCAUAAAUAGUAGUUAUGUAAUUCAUAGACUAAAGAAUAACAGAUAUAUGAUGGAUAAAGUUAGAAAGAUGGUUAAUAAU